AUGGAGACUUCCUUAGAAGUAGACUUUGCAUUUUUUAUUCAUAUAUUGAAAUUUGAAAAUUUUAGGAGAUUUUUUGUAGCGAAAAAUGUUGGUGGUUACAUCAUUCAUAAUGACCCCCAGAAGAAUUUAGAAGUGCGCUCGUGGCAUAUUUUGUUCGCUAAAGCUUCUCUGGAGGAAUGCUUGGAUGUUGCUAGUAUUAUCAGCAGAUAUGAAAGAGCUUUUGGUCAGCAUUUCAAUUAUAACAAAUCAGAGAUCUCUUUUAGUAAAGGUGUCCCGGCAUCUGUUAGACAAGAUAUUAUUAUGCAUUUGGGAGUGAAAGAGGUUGAUAAGCAUUCCAAAUAUCUGGGCCUCCCCACAAUCGUUGGGCGAUUGAAGAAAGAAAAUUUCUUGAUGCUGAAAGAUAUAGUUAGCAAGAAGCUCCAUGCGUGGAAAGGAAAGUUCAUUGGGGUUCGUUUGGAGAUAGAAGGAGUACGCAUUGGCACAACUGGUCUAAUACGUGCUAUCCAAAGGCGAAAGACGACAUGGGGUUUUAAGACCUCAAUACCUUUAAUACGGCGUUGCUUGCUAAACAAGGGUUAUGACCCAAGCUACACAUGGAGAAGCCUAUGGGGGUCAAAAUCUUUGUUAACGGAAGGGUUAGCUUGGAGACGUUGUAAUGGUGCCUUGAUUAAUGUGUGGAACGAUGUGUGGAUUCCAAGAAAUGAUGGGUAUAUAUCUCCCGUUGCCUGCCCCUCUAUCGACUCUUCACUUAGAGUUUGUGAUCUCAUUAACCUAGGUGACAUGUGCUGGAAUAUUAAUGUUCUGAACAACCUUUUUGAUCCCGCUAUUGUAGCCGCUAUUCUAUCUAUCCCACUUCACUCUGAUCCCUCUGUUGACAUUCUGUUUUGGUGGCCAAGCUCGGAUGGUCAAUAUCGAGUAAAGUCUGGGUAUUAUCUUGGUCUUAUGGGGAAUAAUCCAAGCUUGCUUGGGAAAGGAAGCCUAUGUUUUAACUCUCUACGACAUCACCGACAUUGUGUUGACUCCCUUGAAUGCUCCCGUUGUAAUGUUGUUGUGGAAGAUUUCCAUCAUGCUCUAGUUGAAUGUCCAAAGAAUGUCCCCAUUUGGUCUAAUAAUCCUGCUACCUCUCUCAUCGCAUCUGCUCCCCGUGUCUCCAGCAAGGGGUUUUUGCGUUGGGUUAUUGAGCAUGCUUUUAAAGAGAAAAUGGCGAUCAUCUGUGCAUCUCUAUGGGUUGUGUGGCUAGUGAGAAAUCGACAUUGUCUUGAGAACUCUAAUGUGGAUCCGGUUUAUGCAAGCAAAUCCCCCGGCAUUCCUUCGAGUCCAAAAAGGAACCUCCUUAUAGAUGGUUGGGUGAAGAUUAACUUUUAUGCUAUGGUCAAGGAAGGUGCAUGUAGAGGGUUGGGUGUGGUGCUUCGAAACAGUGAAGGAAGAGUCAUUGCUACUGGAACACGCAAAAUUGAGAGCUACUGGAACGUGGAUACGUGUGAAGCGGCUGCUGCUCAGUUCGGAUUACAUGUGACCUUUCGUUUAGGUGUUCAUUAUGCUCAUUUAGAAGGUGACUCCAUAAAUGUGAUUUUUUUAUGUACUCAUGUUCGUAGAUCAGGGAACUCCCUAACCCAUGAGGUUGCUAAAUGGGACACGGGUGUUAACCAGGAGCAAGAUAUUGUUCUUUUAUUCACCAAACGUUAUUUUCAAGUUCAAGUAGUGCAUGCACUUGGUCCAGAAACCUUAUUCCCGCCCUUAUCAUUUCGAAUUACGAUAUCAGAAUGUUUUACUCAAAUAAUAGAUGCAAAAUGA